UUUUGUUUGAUUGAUGUUUAAAAAUAUUGGGCCUUUCUUCUUCUUCUUCACGAAGAAGAACGCGUGGAACACACAAAGAGGAUACGUAUAGAUAGAUAGAUAGGUUUUGUCAUCUAUCUUUCAUCGCCGAUUCGUAUAACUUAUUCAUAAGUUACAUGAAAUCCAUACGAAACCUCCGAUUCAUUGAAGACAUAAAUUAUUAGGGUUUUUACAAUUAUUUUAGGUCUUGAACAACAGUUAUAAUAUUAUUAUGGCGAAGAAGAGGAAAUCAUUGGCUACAAGCCUAGACGAAGUGGAUCGGACGAUGCACUCCACCUUUUGCAGCGCCGCUAACUCUCUCUCUCAACUCUAUUCUCAGGCCAUGAGCCACCAGAAGCUUUCUUUUCUCUCCGGUGAACGCCAUGGUUUGGAAAAGCUCUACCAAUGGAUUUCCAAACAACAAGGGGAAGGAAUGAGAGUGACCUCUGAUGACAUACUUGCAUAUAUCCAGGCCGAGUUGGAAUCUUAUGUGGAAGAGCCAUCAAUGACUCCAAGAAAUUUUCACCAGCAGCAUAAUCAAGCCACAAGCGCAAACCCGUUUACAAAUUCUGGCCCGUCUAGUGUUCCUAUCGCUGAUCAACAACCAAGGAACUACAUUUUCUCAAAUGCUUUAUCAAGCCCAGUUCGUCGAAGCCUUCAAAACUAUCAUAUAUCUCAUCAGAAUCGAGAUUCCAUUGACUCUUCAAUGGACAUGCAUGCAGAUAAUGAAUCUACUCAUUGAAAAUUUGUCAAUAUUCAUUCAGCUGUCAAGACUAUCUAUCUAGAAUGUUGCGAUCGCAUUGGUGGUGGUGAUAUGGGAAACCGGAAAAGUUGGAAGGGUUGGCUGAAGAAAUUGGACCGUGGAUGAAGGUAAGGUUGGGUUGGAUGAAAGAAGUAGACGUAGUGGUUUUUUCUUUUCUUUUUCUUAUGGUAUGCUAUUCUCAUAGACUUGUGUGGAUCGCUUAUGUUUAUGUUACAUGUAAACUGAUUUUACCUACGUUAUGAUAUGUUUUAUUUCAAUCA